AUGGCACCCCUCCAGACUGUCUUGAUCACCGGCUGCUCCGCCAACGGCAUCGGAUCGGCCCUGGCCGUCGCGCUCGCCAAUCAAGGCCACCACGUCUUCGCCACUGCGCGCUCACCAUCCAAGAUUCCGUCGUCUCUUACCACUUUGUCCAAUGUCACCCCUCUCCAGCUCGAUGUCACGUCGUCAGAGUCUGUAGCUGCUGCCGUUAAGGCAGUCGAGCAGCAUGGAACAGGCCUAGAUAUUCUCAUUAACAAUGCGGGCUCCGGUUACACCAUGCCGCUGCUGGACGUCGACCUCACCCAAGCCCAGCAGGUCUACGAGACCAACAUCUGGGGUCCGCUGCGUCUUAUCCAAGCACUAGCACCAUUGCUAAUAUCCCGCGGUGGACGUGUCGUCAACAUAAGCAGCGUGGGUGCAGUAGUCCCCACGCCAUGGAUCGGCAUUUACUCAUCAUCGAAAUCCGCCUUGAGCAAUCUCUCCGAGACCCUCCGUCUCGAACUAGCGCCACUAGGUGUAUCCGUGGCCACGCUCAUGAUCGGCACCGUCACGACGCCGUUUCAUGCAAACGAGCCCCGAUUCACCCUCCCACCAAACUCUCGAUAUGCGGCUAUCGCAGAGACCAUCUCCCGCUGGGCGUCAGGUGAGGCAAGUCCCAAGGGAUGCUCGGCCCAAGAGCUGGCGGAUUUGAUCCUGCCUGAUGUACUGGGUACGACAGGACAUGGCAUGUUCUGGCGCGGGCCGAAUAGUGGCGCGGUGAAAUUUGUGUCUCAAUGGGUGCCUGGGUGGUUGGCUGAUCGCAUGAUGAGCACUGGUCAGGGAUUGGAUGAGCUCGCGGCGAGUCAGUCAAAGUAA